AAUUAAGGUAUUUGAUACUGAAUUUUACGCCUGUCAAAGAAAUCACUCCAGGAUUGAUAUCGGAUCUUUCAUCCUUGCAAUUGUUCAGCAUGCAUGGUGGCAGCCACCAUUCAGACGAGAUUAGCCUCUUUGAUCGGAUUUGUGAAGAAAAUAUUCUCUGUGGUGGUAAAAAAGCUUUAUUGCAGGAGUUGGAAAGCUUGGAGUACAUAAAUGAAAUCUCUAUCAUUCUACAUAGCAAUGUCUCUGUCAAAAAAUUAUUGAGCUCCUAUAAGUUGCAGAGCUGCAUAAGAAAGCUACACCUUCAAUGCUGCAGCAAAAUGACCUCACUCGAACUAUCGCCUGCAUGUGUUCAAACAAUGGUGCACCUGGAGACGCUUCAGAUAAGUAGUUGUAACGAUCUGAAAGAAGUGAAAAUUAAUGAGAAAGACGAAGGGAAGCAAGAAUUUAUAUCAAGAUAUAGCGUGGUUCUUUCAGAGUUCUGCAAGCUUCAUGAAGUACACAUUAUUUCUUGCUCCAAAUUGCUCAACUUGACAUGGCUUAUUUAUGCUCCAUGUCUUCAAUUGCUUGCUGUCAGCGCUUGUAAAUCAAUGGAAGAAGUGAUCGGUGACGAUGAUGGAGGCGGUAGAGCUUCAGUCGGAGAAGAGAAUUCAGGGUUAUUCUCAAGACUCACAACUCUGCAAUUGGAGGGUCUGCCAAAGCUGAAGAGCAUCUGCAACUGGGUCUUGCCUCUUCCUUCCCUGACAAUGAUUUAUGUUCAUUCCUGCGAAAGCCUGAGGAAGCUCCCAUUUGAUUCCAACACUGGAAAGAACAGUUUAAAGAAAAUCCAAGCAGAACAAAAUUGGUGGGAAGGGUUGCAGUGGGAGGAUGAAUCCAUUAAGCAGAGUUUCAGUCCAUUUUUCAUGCCUUCAGAAUACAUGGAUCUCUAUCAGGUCUUAGGAUAUGGUUAUUGAUCAAGGAAGGAGAUGAUGCUGGACAUGCUAUCAGACGCACCGGCCGCGAAAAGUCUCUGCACAAGCAUCUCUUUCCUGGCAGCUGCUGGCCUCCUUCUCAGGGACUAGUUUUCAAGGAUUGAUCAUGGAUGUUGGAUGUUAUGAGGAACCCUAACUGUACUGGCAUGUUGUUUGUGUGUUGCAUGUAAACCUCUGAAAUAUGCAGUGGAAUCUUUUGUUUCGUUACGUC